UUCAGACCAACCCCCCUCAUCCACCAUAUAAAGCGGGCUCAUCACUUCAGAGAUGUACUGUACACACACAUACGUCAGACUCGAAACACACUCGCACCUUUAGAAGCGCCGCCAACAUGCUCUGUGUCAGUACUUGUCUCGACCAGCCUCUCGUGAUGCCCAUCCAAUACAGAUCCAUUCUGGAGAGGAUUCUCAUGGUGGACCAGAUCCUGUCUGAGUUCCAGCUGAAGACGGAGGAGUUGCGUGAGGUGAUGAGUAGAAUGCAGCAGGAGAUGGAGCGCGGUCUGCGACUGGAGACCCACAGCGAGGCCAGCGUCAAGAUGCUGCCCACCUACGUGCGCUCCACCCCCGAGGGCUCAGAGGUGGGUGACUUCCUAGCGCUGGACCUAGGUGGCACCAACUUCCGGGUGAUGCUGGUCAAGGUGGGCAAGGACGAGGAGAAGGGCUGGAAGGUGGAGACCAAGCACCAGAUGUACUCCAUUCCACAGGACGCCAUGACGGGCACUGCGGAGAUGCUCUUUGACUACAUUGCUGAGUGCAUCUCAGACUUCCUGGACAAACACCAAAUCAAACACAAGAAGCUUCCUCUGGGGUUCACCUUCUCCUUCCCUGUGCGGCACGAGGACCUUGAUAAGGGCAUUCUUUUGAACUGGACCAAAGGCUUCAAGGCUUCGGGAGCAGAGGGGAACAACGUGGUGGGACUAUUAAGAGACGCCAUCAAGAGGAGAGGGGACUUUGAAAUGGAUGUGGUGGCCAUGGUGAAUGAUACAGUAGCCACCAUGAUCUCCUGCUACUAUGAAGACCGCAGCUGUGAAGUGGGCAUGAUUGUUGGUACUGGUUGUAAUGCGUGCUACAUGGAGGAAAUGCGGACAGUGGAGUUGGUGGAGGGCGAGGAGGGUCGUAUGUGUGUGAACACAGAGUGGGGAGCCUUUGGGGCCAACGGCGAGCUGGAAGAGUUCCGUCUCGAGUACGACCGCGUCGUGGACGAGACGUCCCUCAACCCAGGAGAGCAGCUGUAUGAGAAGCUGAUUGGUGGCAAAUACAUGGGGGAGCUGGUGCGACUGGUGCUGCUAAAGCUGGUCAACGAGGAUCUGCUCUUCAACGGUGAAGCGUCCGACAUCCUCAAGACCAGAGGAAGCUUUGAGACACGUUUUGUCUCGCAGAUUGAGAGUGACGCCGGGGACAGGAAACAGAUCUUCAACAUCCUCAGCAUGCUGGGUGUGCUGCCGUCUGAGCUGGACUGUGACAUCGUGCGGCUGGCGUGCGAGCGUGUGUCCACCCGAGCGGCCCACAUGUGCGGGGCAGGCCUGGCGGGCGUCAUUAACCGCAUGAGGGAGCGGCGCAGCCAGGAGGCGCUAAAGAUCACCGUCGGCGUGGAUGGAUCCGUCUACAAGCUGCAUCCACGCUUCCAAGAAAGAUUUCACAACAUUGUGCGGGAGCUGACACCAAACUGUGACAUAACCUUCAUCCAAUCGGAAGAGGGAAGUGGACGAGGUGCUGCAUUGAUCUCUGCAGUGGCUUGCAAGAUGGCGGCCUGCAUGUUGUCCCACUAACAUACUGAAACACUGAUGAUGGGCCCUCAACGCCUACGCAGGAGGCAUGAAGCGGGACAGCACCUCAGGACGGACGGCAGCUGCACAAUAUUGUUGGCUACAGCUCACGCACACAGACAGAGGUCUCUUUUACACACCUCUCCAGGCGGGAGAAUGACUUGGAUGAUGAGCUGAGCAAGGCUCUGAAUGUGGACACAGUGGACAUCUUACCUCUGCGGCCGGCAACUCAACAUACAGAGAUUACUUCAAUGUGUAAACAAAACAAAAAAACAUGCCAGCUUUUCAGGAGAAUUCCUCCCAUGUUUUUGAUAUUUAGUCACAGCUGUACAGUCUAAAUGUCUAUACGCAUGUACACCUAUGCAUAGGUUCCCCUGGCUCAUUUUAGGUCAUCCAAGGGUUUUGUUUACAAAUGAAACAUGUAGGUUACAUACCCAAUGAUGAUGCCACAUCACACUUCGCUGUCUAGAGGUGAAGUGGCCUCUGACACUGGUGAUAGGCAUGUGUGAACACUUGAAGACACUUGAAGUUCUGAAAUGAUGGUAGACAGAAAGACAAAGAGGAGACUGAAAUUGUAUGAUACAUCCUCAGCUGCACCUGCUGAAUUAGUGGGAUGGUUGAUUCACCUUUUUAUUUAUUGACAUGUAAAUUAAUUUGUAACCAGAUAAUAGUUGUUAAACCAUUCUAACUAUGAUAUGUAGUAGAUGAAUUACCUAUGCUUUGUAUAUGUGAAAUUAUUUCAUGAAUGUAAAUAAAGAUUGUGUUGUGAGAAGAACACGAUU